CUCGUAUCUUCAAUAGUAAGGGUUUUUCUAACUUGGCUCAUACCUAACAUGUUUAUCCAAAAUAUCAAAAGAGAAGAGAUUUUUAGAACCUCUGAGGGAUUGGUAAAGAGAUUCAUUUACUACACUAACUACAACUCGCUGUGGUACACAUGGCGUUGGUUACUAUUAUUGUUGCUUCUCGUCCCCAUCAGCUUCUUCGCAGUGUGGAUGAUGAGAAAAAGAAGGUUGGCUGCCCAGCAGAACAACGGCACUGGUGCCUCUUUCUACCCACCAAACGCCCCCGAGAUGUACCAAACCGAUCCCUCACAAGCCUACGGCCCCCAGGGCGCCUACAACCAAUAUCCCAACACCGAAUAUGGUGCUAGUAACAUGAAUAAUGGCCCCCAGGGUACCUACAAUCAAUAUUCCAACACUGAGUAUGGUGCCGGUAACAUGAACAAUGGGUCCCCAGAAUACCCGGCCACUGCUCAGCACAGGACAGAUGGUGAUAACUCUGACUACUAUGGUAAGGCCGGCACUUACGACAACAAGUCGGCGAUUAAUGCCAAUAACAAUGCUGGGAAUAGUUAUGGCUUCCCAGGUGAAACAAACAAUGUGAAUGGCAUCACUAGUGUCACCGACACUGGCGUGCAAUACAGCCGGCCAAGUGUUCCUCCACCGUCCCACACCGAGUUCUAGACGGAUAAACGUCAGUAUCCGGUUAGAUUGGUGGUUAUAUAUAUAUUGCUUACUGUUAUUGUUUAAUUCACGUAUUAUUGAU